GAGGAAAUAAAUUGAGUGUUUUUUUGGAGAUAUGUAAUUAGGUUAAUUGAUUUUUUUGAUUGCAUUGAUGUUUUAUGUUUUGCUUGGUUUUACAUAAUCUGUAAUUCUGGUAAGAGGAUCAAAGGCGGAGGAGACGAAGAGAGAAAGCGGGGCUUCUCUCUUCUCUUCUCGUUGUUGUGGUGGAAGCCAAAAUCGUUGUUUUGGUUCGAAGAAGCUGCGGUGUGGUUCGGUGAAAUCUAAAAUCAUGAAUGUGAUGCGUCGUCUCAAGAGCAUUGCUUCCGGUCGUCCUUCUGUUUCUACCAAUCCCGGCGGGGAAACUGGAACCAAGAGGACAAAGGUUGGUCAAGAAUCAGAAUGUAAGGUAAAUGAGGAAUCUAAUUUUGUUGAGAGGAGCACCGCUGGUACAGGGGAUAAUAUGGCUUCUUCAACACUGGAAACUGUGGCCAGUACGUCCAAUGUAGCUUCUGUUGCUAGAAUUGAGAAACCAUCUGUCGAUCAGCUCCCUAAUGAAAUGCAUAAAAUGACAAUCAGAGAUGAGAAAACAGCCAUCCAAUAUGAGAAAACAGCCGCCCAAGAUGAGAAAACAGCCGCCCAAGAUGAGAAGGAUAUGGACGCUACUGUCAUUAAUGGAAAUGGAACAGAAGCAGGUCAGAUUAGUUCAUCUACUAGUGUGGGUCAGAAUGCAGGUCAGAUAAGUUCAUCUACUUGUGUGGGUCAGAAUGCAGGUCAGAUAAGUUCAUCUACUAAAGUGGGUCAGAAUGGACAACCAAAACAGGAUAUGGAGGCUACUGUUAUUAAUGGAAAUGGAACAGAAGCAGGUGAGAUAAUUUCAGCUACUAUUGGCGGUGAGAAUGGACAACCAAAACAGACAAUCGCAUACAAGGUAGAGCAUGUGAUUGGGACUGGCUCAUUUGGUGUUGUCUUUCAGGCGAAGUGCUUGGAGAGUGGUGAAUCUGUUGCUAUAAAGAAGGUUCUGCAGGAUAAAAGAUAUAAAAACAGGGAACUUCAGAUUAUGCGAAUACUUGAACAUCCUAAUGUGGUUCAACUAAUGCGCUGUUUCUUUACAUCCACUGAAAAAGAUGAACUCUAUCUUAAUCUUGUUUUAGAGUAUGUGCCAGAAACUGUUUACCAAGUGUCAAAGCACUACAGCAAUAUGAAUCAACAUAUGCCCAUUCUUCAUGUGCAGCUGUAUGUAUACCAGAUUUGUCGUGGGCUAAAUUAUUUGCAUCGUGUGGUUUGUGUAUGUCAUCGUGAUAUUAAGCCGCAAAAUUUACUGGUCAAUCCUCAUAGUCACCAAGUGAAGAUAUGUGAUUUUGGUAGCGCAAAGAUGUUGGUGCCAGAUGAGCCUAACAUAUCAUACAUAUGCUCAAGAUAUUAUAGAGCUCCAGAGCUUAUAUUUGGGGCGACAGUGUAUACAACUGCUAUUGAUAUGUGGUCUGUUGGUUGUGUCAUGGCUGAGCUUAUGCUUGGACAGACAUUGUUUCCAGGUGAAAGUGGUGUCGAUCAACUAGUGGAAAUUAUCAAGGUACUGGGUACACCAACCAGGGAAGAAAUUAAAUGCAUGAAUCCGAAUUACAAUGAAUUUAAGUUCCCUCAGAUCAAAGCUCAUCCAUGGCAUAAGAUAUUUAACAAGCGGUUGCCCCCUGAAGCAGUAGAUCUUGUGUCAAGGCUGCUUCAGUAUUCACCGAACCUACGUUGCACCGCUUUGGAGGCAUGUGCACACCCUUUCUUUGAUGAUUUAAGAGACCCCAACGUAUGUUUGCCUAACGGCCUGGCCCUACCUCCUUUAUUCAAUUUCACAGAUAAUGAAUUGACCGGUGCAUCUCCUGAACUAUGGGAACGUCUCAUCCCUGAACAUGCACGGACAUAAGUGAUCGAAUGGGACGGCAUCUGUUGGUACCGUAAACUGGUUUUGGAUGAUGCUAAAGUUACCACGACAGACAAGCUACACUGCCCCUUCUCUUUCUAGUUCAUAGGUGGUCACCACCUUUGUUCCUUGAUAGUUUAUGACCGAAGACCCGAAAUGGUAUUACCAGGAUCAGGAGGCCAUCGGUUUCUCGGACCACAAACAAUGAGUUCGGAUGGUGCUUUGAGAUGGGUGGGAUUAUAGCAGUUAGCAAUGAGGUUUUGAUAAUUUUUUUCAUUUACAAUCUGAUAUGUUUUGUUACUCUACUAUUGAAAAAAGAUUACUCUUUUUCCACUGA